AUGGUACGUCAACUCCACCAGAACAUGAUGGCAAGAGUCACGGACCAUAGAUCUGUCUCAGAGGCAGUCGCAGUGACCAACAGAAUGAAGCAGGGCUGCGUCCUCGCGCCUACCCUCUUCACUCUCAUAUUCUCUGUCAUGCUGAUGGACACCUACCAUGAUGAACGCCCCGGGAUCCGCAUCGCCUACAGUACGGAUGGUCAACUGCUCAACCACGGGAGGAUGCACUUUCAAUCGCGUGUCUCCACAACCACCGUCCGCGAACUUCUGUUUGUCGAUGACUGCGCCCUCAAUGCAACUGCAUGCAAAGGAGCAUGGAUCUCUUCUCUGCCGCCUCCGACAACUUCAGUAUGGUCAUCAACACGGAGAAGACAGUGGUAAUGCACCAACCCCCAUCCAACACUACCUAUAAUGCGCCGCAAUUCUGUAAGUCAUUGACCACUUCACGUACCUAAGCACCAACCUCUCCGCAACACUAGCAUCAACGACGAAGUGGCCCGCCGAAUUUGCAAGGCCAGUGAAGCCUUCGGUCAUCCUCAAAACAAUGUUUGGGAUCGUCACGGUCUCUACCUCAGCACGAAACUGAAGAUGUACAAGGCCGUCAUUCUACUGACGUUGCCGUACGGAGCAGAGACGUAG